AUGGAGAGGCGGCGACUCCUCCUUCACCAUGCACAUCUGAAGGGGAACAGAGGGAGAUUAGAAGACAGCGGAAUGAGCAUGAGCCUCACCGUGGUUCAAUAUUUGGGCUUGUACGGGAAGGAGAAAGAGAGGCCAGAUCUCGUGAGCGUCUCACCUCCACCAAGCCUGAGCAAGGAGGAGCACGCCAACGAUGACAUUGGACAGCAGAUGCAUGGAGAUGACAGACUAUGA